GGUCACACUGAUUACAAUUUUUUCUGCCGUGCCGUAUUUUUCGUGCGGACAAGUUUGUCGAGCGAAAAUAUGCAAAAUAAAGUGAAAUACUUGUGCAGCGCACGAAUGAAGCGCGCAAGCAUAGCGCCCGCUAGCCAAUAAGCCCGACCGACCAUAUAAGCCACCUCAAAGGGACCCGCCGCAAACAGGGGAAAGAAUUUCAAGAUAGUGUGUUUUAAAGCAAAUUCCACAAAAAGGUGCGUGAUAAAUGCAACAAACUGUAAGCCAGAGCGAGCGAACAGGCAACUACAACUGCAUAUGUGUGUCGUCGUCGUGUGUGUGAGAGAACGCGCGUAAGUGUGUGGUAGAGCGAGAGAGAGAGAGAGAGAGAACGAGUGUGUGUGCCGUGGAGUGGGAAAGAAGCACGAUAUAACGAAACGCCAAGAAGUUUGCCAUCAUCUCUCUCUCCAUUCGCUGAUAAAGCAGAGAGCAAAUACACGCACGCACACACACACACACAUAGUGACACACGAAUCGAGUGGAAAAUAGAAAAACAAUAAUCAGCAAAAGAGGAGCGGAAAGAAACAGUAAAGUGUAAAGAUCAAAAAUCGAAAGUGUCAAGAAAAAAAAAAAAAAAAUACUCAAAUUACUAGAGAAAACUAAGUACUAAAAAAACCGCAAGUAAUCAUCAAUACACCGAACAAUCCCUUGUGGAACACGUCUCGGAGUCCGCCCGACACAGCCAACCCCCAGCCGCAUCAUGUCCACCCUGGACGCGCGCAACAACUCGGCCAUGAUGAAGCGGGCCGAGCAGCUGAAGCGCUGGGAGGAGUCGGACACCAACCGGGCCGCGCCCACGCCCCGCCCCGGGCGCCGCAUCAAAUUCAGCUCCGGCUGUGUCUACCUUGCCGCCUGCCUCUCCGGCGAAAAGGAUGAGGUGAUGCAGCUGCUCGACCAGGGCGCCGACAUCAAUACUGCCAAUGUGGACGGCCUAACGGCCUUGCAUCAGGCCUGCAUCGAUGACAGUCUGCCCAUGGUUGAGUUUCUGGUGAAGCGUGGUGCCGACAUCAAUCGUCAGGACAACGAGGGCUGGACACCGCUGCAUGCCACCGCCUCCUGCGGAUUUGUGAGCAUCGCACGUUAUCUGGUUGAGAACGGGGCCGAUGUGGCCGCCGUUAACAGCGACGGGGACUUGGCCCUGGACCUGGCCAUCGAUGUGCCGCACACGGAUAUGAUCGAGUACAUGGAGAAGAUAGUCCAGGAGCUGAACAUCGAUGUGGAGCAGGCGCGCAAGGCCGAGGAGGAGACGAUGCUGAGCGACGCCGAGCGCUGGCUGACCAGCGAUACCGCCGAGGUGGACAGGCCGCACCCGAAGACAGGGGCCACGGCGCUGCACGUGGCCGCCGCCAAGGGCUACACGAACGUGUUGAGCCUGCUGCUGGAGGGACGCGGCAAUGUGGAUCGUCAGGACAACGAUGGCUGGACGCCGCUGCAUGCCGCCGCGCACUGGGGCCAGCAGGAGACCUCCCGGAUGCUGGUCGAGGCCCUGGCCGACAUGGAUAUACGCAACUAUGCGGGACAGUCCUGCAUCGAUGUGGCCGACCGUAAAAUAGUCAAAUUCCUGGAAGAACAGCGGGCCAAAAAUCGCAACCAGCGGCGUCCAUCUAGUCAAAUCAGAAUCUCAGAUGCGAUUGAAAAUCGUGUGGACAAGACGCCCACCAAACUGGUGCGCGUUGAAGUGAGAACUGAUGCCACAAAGGAUGCGGAGAACGUGAAGCCCAAUCAACAGCAGAUCCAUGUCAUCGAGCAUCCAGUCGAGGAGGAGGCACCCUGGCGACGCAAGAUGGCCCGCGCACCCAACGACAGUCCCACUAAUAAUCAAGUUCCUGAUAGAGAGCUUAGCACCAAUAGCUCGGAGAGCGCCAACGAUGUCAUAUUGCGACGCACACAAAGCUUCGAGAAUGAUGAAAAAUUCUAUCAAAAGUACAAUGAGCUGCGCGCCCGCAUAAAGGCCAACUCCUGUCCCAUUCUGCCAGCGACUGCGGCGUCACAGGCGGCUGCCGCCGCCGCCGCCGCUGCCUCUGCAGCUGCGAAUAAUUCCAAUUCCAAUAACAAUAAUAAUCUAAGUAGCAAUAACAACAAUAAAUUUAAAAACAAUAACAACAACAAAAGCUCUCUGCUGCUGGGCUCAAGAGCAACAAAUAACACUGCAACAACAACAACAUCCAGUACUUUCAACAACACGCACAACAACACAACAACAAGCACACCACAAACAGCAGCAGCAGCAGCAGCAGCAGCUGCAGCAGCAUCCACUGCUGCAACAACAAAUCCAUAUUAUAGCGUACAAAGAUCGGCCUCACUCAAAGAUAACUCAAUGUAUUACAGGAAACCGACCGUUACACACGUUGCCACGCCCACUGGCACAGCAGCCACAGCAAAGACAACGCUCCUCAGUUCACCGUCGACGAAUGCACUGACCCCACCAAUACGCAGCCAAGUUACAGCGAAAACUACUGCCCAGAGCAAUAAUGGCAGCUCUUCCACGGCCAGUGCCAGUGCCAGCGAUGCGGAGACCGCCAAGCCACCGCCCAAGCAAUCCACGGGCAAUAUAAUUAAGAAUUUCUUCAAAUCUUUUGUACCGCCCGUGCGUGACGAAGAGAGCGAAACACAGCGCAAAGCGCAUGCCAAGAGAGUCCGUGAGACGCGUCGCUCCACCCAGGGCGUUACCCUGGACGAGAUCAAGAGUGCCGAGGAGUUGGUCAAGAAGAAGCACAUGGGCAUGGCCAACAACAACAAUAAUAACAACGAUAGCAUCAGCAGCACCGGCAGCAACGAUACAAGCGAUACAGCAGAAAAUACAUCAUUCAUCAGUGAUGCAAGCCAGCAAGAGCCACAGCCGCCACCACCGCCCACCACGCCGCCGCCAGCCAUAAUCCCCACCAGCGACGAGACGGAGAUCGAGACCAUUCUGGCCCCCAGUCCAGUGCAAAGUGCAAACGACACCACUGCCAGCUUCACCCUCUCCGCGCCGUCGAGACGCUCUGUGGUGGUCGGCGACGACGGCGACGGCGACGGUGAUGGCAAGGCCGGUGGCGAUGCCGAUGAUCCGGAGGUAGUGGUCAGUGCCAGCUACACGAUAGUCCCGCGGCGCGACAAGAUCCCCGACAGCGCUGAGAGUGAGCCAGAGCAGGUGGAAUCAAACAAACAAAAGACUGACGACCAGCAGGCGGAGAGCGAGGAGCAGAAGGCGAGGCCCACAGACCUGCCGCUGAGUGCGGCCCCGACUGAGGCCAUCAAGUCGUCCUCCUCGACCACGCCCGGCUCGCUCGAGAGUCCAGUGCGCUUGCGGGACAAGCGUGGCCUGUCCGGCAGCAGCCAGGAGACGGAUACCAAGUCGGACACCGCCUCGUCAGUGUCGGCGCAUCCGGACUUUAAUGCCCGCGACUCUCUGCUCAGUUUGUAUGCGCGCCGCACGGCGGACGGCAGUGGAGGAGCAUCAGCUGCAGCAGCAGCGGCAACAGCAACAGGUGGUGCUGGUACUGGCGCUGGUGGUGCCGGUGGGAGUUCCACAUCAACAUCGACAGCAGAACGGCGUCCGUCUUGGCGCCUCAAAUUCGAUGCCGGCUCCAAGUUCAAGCUGGAGGACAACACCAGCGGCGGUACAUAUCCGCCCAACAACAGCACCAUUAUACCCAGCGCCCCGGCGGUGAUGGCCGCCGCCAAUCUAUCGAACACAACUGGUAUCCAGCGACGCAUCAGCAGUGGUCCCAAUGCCCUCAACGCUUCCAAUCAGUCACUGAACUCUGUGGGCCGCCCCAUCUCGGCGCCCAGCGAGAGCACAAACAACAGCAGCGCCUAUGCCACGCCAGCAGUGCGCAAAUAUGAAACGACAUCCACAGGAGCGGGAACGGGAGUGGGAGCGAGAGCGGGAGCAGCUGCUACUACGACAGCCACCACAACCGCCAAUUCAGUGUCUGCAACCAGUGCCAAUCAUGCAGCAGGAACAGCGGCAACAACCAAUGCCACAUCCAGCCAUGACGAUAAGGAAAACGAUAAGGAGAACGACAAUCGCACACAGACCGUCAUACAGAGACGCCGCAAGCCGAAGCGCAGAUCGACCGGCGUGGUGCACCUUGAUGUGGAUGAACUGGAUCCCGAACGUCAGAACGAGGAGAAGGAAAAGGACAAGGAGAGCGGCAGCGAACGCACCUCUCGCUCCCGACUGGGCAGCACAACGAGUACGGCCGCAUCGAGCACGACCAGAAGCGAGUCGAAGGGCAGCAGCGACAAGUCGGAGAACGGCGAUGGCAUUGACUACAAGGCGCUCUGGGAAGCGGCCAAAUUGGAGAACGAUAAGCUGAAGCAAGUGCUCAAGCAGAAGGAUGACGAGGUUGUGCAGACGCGCGCGACCCUCGAGAGAUUCGCCAAUGCCACCACUAAAAACUCACUCUCUGAGAUUGAGAAACGUGAACGAAGAGCUAUGGAACGCAAGCUCUCCGAGUUGGAGGAAGAGCUCAAGCAACUCGAUGCAUACAAGUCGGAUAAUCAUCGCCUGAAGGAGGAGAACGCGGCGCUGAUUAGAGUUAUUAGCAAAUUAAGUAAAUGAAAUGAUGUCUCCCACUGUACCGCUGCAUGGAUGGAGGAUAAUCAUCAUCGUCAUCUGUAUCAUUGAGAAACAACCCCAUUUUUACGUUAUUCACCAGCUGGAGACGGGCUAAGAGAAACUAAGAGAAGAAAUUAAAUGAAUCAAAACGAAACGAACAGAACAGAAAAAAAAGAAACGAAACGAGAAGAUAAGAGGAGAAGGAGAAGGAAAGGUGCGAAAUUCGCUGUAAGGGGGAAAUGUCAAAAUUUUUGUUUAUUAAUUGUGUUAGAUAUUCAAUCAUAACGUGAAACCAUGUUUCUACAAUAUCGUUGAGAAUUGUUUCGUUCGUUUUAUAUAAAGAAAAAUCUUAUGUAUUUGGUCAAAUUUUAUAUACAAAGUAGUGAAAAUUAUUAAUUAAUAAAAUUGCACAGAUCAAGCCUAACUGUACGCAAUGUAAAUCAAUUGUGUGAGGAUCGAAAGAAAGCAAAUUGCAAAAAGCGAAAAUAACCUUUACAUACAAACUGAGAACAUAUUCAUCAAAUGAGCCCUAGUUACAGAUUAGUUUAACUACGUAAUACAUAUACAUACAUACAUAUAUAAAUAUAUACAUAAACAUAUAUAUUUUUUUUUUUCAUAUAUAAAUUAUAUAUACACAUUGCAUAUUAUAUAUAUUUAGAGCAACUGAAUCAUAAGUUCGACAUUUGAAUGUGUAAUAUCAUCGAGCAACCACGAGAGAACCGAGGAAGAGUUGUUUUCGAAACCAGCCCACGCGUCAACGUACUAAGUGUAAUCAUUAUCAUCCGUAUCAUUCGUAAUUGUGUUUAGUGUACCACCCGAAAACCCCCCAUAUUUUACACCAUACCAUUUUUAUACCCACAACGCCCCCGCAAUCUGAGGAGCGUACCGAAUACAAGCUCCAUGGCGCUCUUCUACAAUAUAUAGUUACAGAUACAGAUACGAGAGCAUAUCAGGAUAUGCUGCCCUGCAUAUGCACUAUUACUUCUACUAUUCGAUUACGUUAAUUAUUAGUUUCUCCCUCACUUUGAAUCGUAUUAUAUCGUACUAUAUUUUACCUUCGCUUAUAACGAAACAAAUGAUCAUACGCCCCUAUGCAUACAUAUUUCUGUUAUUUAUUAAAUUCGCCUAAGAGAUUUUUGUGUUACUCGUAAAUGGAAACGAUAAGCAAAUGCAUACAUAAAAAAACAUACAACAACAACAACAACAAAAUAUAAAUUAAUAUAAAUCGUGAAUUGUGUAAUAUGUAAAAUUGUGUGAGAAAAUAUUUAAGAAAAUUUGAUUCAAAUACGAAACUUAAUAAAUGUGAUCGCAAGCAAA